UCUAGUUUUGUGCAAAUCGUCAAGGAAUCCGCACGAUAGCCAAAAAGGAAUAAAAAAAAAACCUAUUAUUAUCUUAAAAUGUUUAAUUUUUGAACACCAUAAGAAGUUAUCGAUGAUAAACAAGGAUUGUAUAAGUAUUUUUACAGUAUCUGCGAUUGUCAAAGUUGAAAAAAUAUCGAGGUUAAAGCUGUUCAUACUGAAAAUCACUAUAAACAUUCCAGCAGUACUUGGUUAAAAAAUCUUCAAAACAACCGUUGGUAGAUAUUGAAAAUUUUUAAUAUUCGUCUUGAGAAUCACCGUUGCAUAUAUCUUUUACUUGAGUGAUUAUUCAUAAGACAACCGAGGAUAAAAUGCCCCGAACUAAACAAGUACGCAAACGGAGCUCAAGCCAUAAUGUGACUGACGAAAGUGAUCUGUUAAUUAAAGAUUGUGAGAAAAAAGUAUUAAUGGGUGCUCGAAAUUCAGAUGCUACUUUUAAUACAGUAAUAGAUGGCAUGAAAAAUCAUAUUGAUACUGCACUAUUUCGUAUACCGCCAGAGAUAAGGAAAAUGACAUUAGGCCAUUUGCUCAAUCUUGGUGAAGGUUCAAAUGAAAAUAUAAAUCCAAAUGAAGAAUCUUUUAAUAAUGACCAAACACGUAAUAUUUUUAUACCACAGUCAUCAAUUAAAUCAACGAAAAUUCUCAAACGACAAACUGCAGCGUCUACUGAUGACGGAUACGCUACUGAAGCAGGAACAAAAAAAAAAUCUUUUCAUGAUGCGUCCAAAUCAAAAUCUAAAACAAAAGUUACACGUCCAAGUCGAGCUACCCGCAGCAGUUCAACAGAUGAAACUCGAAAAUUAGAACGAUCUCUAUCAGCUUCAAAUAAUAGAAGUACGUCUAAAACACGAAUUGCAAAAAAAAUGUUUACUCCUACUACUUCAAAACUCCCCACACAGUGUCACGUUAUCACACCUAAAAUUGAACCAAACACUCCAAUGAAUAUUCUUCGACGACCACGAGAAGGUGAAGUUGCUUUAAGUAUGCAAGGAAGUCCAUUAUUAGUUUCUGCUGUCUCUGGGGAUCGUAUGGCAAGCAUUAAUGUUCCACUUAACAAUGGGAACGUUAUGUCUCUUUUGCCUAAAGACGGAAAAUUAAGACUUUCUAAUUUACCUGGAUUAGAUGAAGAAUCAACAAAGCAAUUAAAAAUACUAAAAGAACAUCUUGAAAAAGUUAUUGGGAGCAAAUGAUUGAUAAACAUACGAGGAAUUAAAGCUUACUAUGGUUAAAUUAAAACAAAAUAUAGUAUCUUUAAACGUUAAAGAAUCUCACUUGAAAUACACUUGAAAAAAAAAAAAUAAUAAUAAUAAUAAUAAUAAUGAGUAUUUCUGAAUAAUUUUUAUCAUAAGGAAUGUUUUAACAUGUAGAGAGAAAAGAAAAUUUAUUAGACACUUCAUUUUGUACGGAUAAAUAGAUCAUUCUUGGUAUUUUUAUA